AUGGCACCAAUCGUUGACAUGAGCGACAAGAACGCGUGGGACGAUUCUGUAUUGAUCGACUCGUGGGACAAUGCUGUCAACGAGUACAAGAAGUAUCAUAGCAUCCACCAGUCGGGUAAGCGAUUGGAAGACGUCUUGACCACAGAGGAGCUGAAAGAGCUGCGAGAAGACUACGGAGAUCUAAUGGAGGACGGCGAGGUGGAGACGGCCUCGGGAGCGGCAGAGAGCAACAGUGUCGCGGAUCGUGACAGUACCGAAAUAUUGCAUCCACAGACGCAGACAAAUAGAGGUGCCGCGCCUGUGCCCACCAGCCCUAUGCAGGGACCAGAUAGUGCGGACCAGCAACAGCAACAACGGCUGCAAGACCCGUCACCGAGCGUUGAGGCUCUUUCUGCGCCACAUGCUACCGAGACGCUGGCCGAUGCUCUACCCCAGGCUAUUCUUGGAACGGUUCAAGAUGAAAAGAUGAAAAACAUGAUGAUGUCUUGGUAUUUUGCUGGCUACUACACUGGUUUGCACGCGGGCCAGCAACAAGCACGCAAGGACGCCAACCAGUAA